AUGCGUGAAGCUUUCCCUUCGUCGCUAAAGCAAGAAUAUUUUCAACUUCCCCUAGCCUAUCUUACCGGACAUCAAGUGUCAACAAUUUGGAAAAGCAUCACAAGAUCAAUGAUGAUUUUUGAACGAAAUCGGAGUGUUUACCUUUUAACUGGAGUAAUUUUACAGAGACAUUCUAUCAUAACUUUGGCACAGAAAACUGUAAACAAUUUCAGUAAAAAUGUAAAAGUCUUACUAAGUUCCAUUUAUUUACCCAAAGCUUGUUGUUUUCAUGCCGACCUUUCAGGCAAAUUUUACUGCAUUUACUUCCAAUGGUCCUUGUAUUAUCGGAAAUUAUCAAGCCAUAGCUGUAUUACUUUAAUGCUAAAUUUUCAUGCAUGGCUAAAACGCAAGAGACAAAUAUUCAAUAACCAGGAUUUUGAAGAACGCACAAUGACAAAUAUGCAUGCCUUACUGACAUGUUACCCUAAACAUGUUUUGUCCAAUGUACCUGAUUAUUUAUGGAAACGGUUGACAGAGGAUCCAUCACGCGUACCUGGACGGAUCACUUGGCCCCAGCAUAAUUCAUUAACAUCAGCUGAAUUGUCGCGCCUAAAUAUAUGGACCAUUCUCUGA